UGUGUAUGUAGGAGAGAAGACAAGUGGGUGUAAGAAGACAUACAAGUGUGUGAGGGGGAGGGAGAGAGGCCUGCCAGUAUAAGACCUUCCCACACUGGAGAAGCUAUCAGCGCAACAACAACGACUGCUGUCUGCACUAACAGCCUGGUUGAUCAGGCCGUGAUCCACCGUGAGGCCUGGUCACAGGAAGGGCCAUGGGGGCAUUGAUUCCCGAAACCCUCUCCAGGUAUGGGUCACCGUAGGAAAGAUGAGAGGGAGAAGGAGGUUAUUGGUCAGGAAUGUGCAGCAGCGUGGAUCGUACAGAAACAGACAAACUGAAAUGUAUUAGAAAACGAUGUUAUGUGGACGAGUUGCCCAGACAGACAGAUGAUGGUGGUGGUGCAAGUGUUGUGACAAUGGCAGGCAGGUGGUGACCUAUCAUGCAGCUGGGUGAAGGGUCGCGACAGGUGGGACAGCCAUGCUGGAGUCACGUCCAGUGUCUCAGGUCACAGCAACACUCUCACUGCACAGCCCUCGUCUGCACCUGCGACAGCGGUUUCCAGCAAUAUGGGGAGCGGUGUACCCGCAACUUGUUGGGGCUACAGCAGUGGGAGAUGUUGCUGAUCGCCUUGUUCGUCACCCUGCUCUUCCUCGCUGUCUUCCUGGGCUGCAUCUACUUCCUUGUAUCCAGACUUGCUAGGCGGUACCGUCAGACCCUUCCCGCGGGAGAGCUAGUCCCCGGUAGUUUCCAAGACAGCUCCCCCAGCAGCAAGCGAGGUAGCAUCGAGGACACCAGCAUCAAGAGUAUCCGGAUUGCGGAGACUCAGCUGGUGACUGGGGCCAUGGAGAGCAAGAUGGUGGAGCAGAUGGCGCUGACAGGUCAGCUGGAGGGCAGAGAGUUGGUGCUUGAUGCAGAGAGGCUGUGGCCUGCCUCGCCUACGCUGCCUGCCACACAAUUUAUUCUUCCCCUCCAGUACCAACACAACACCAUUGAUUUUCAGACAAUGAAAAUGGGAAGUAGCCUUGGCUCUGCGGCGGACACGUCGAGCCUGUCUGGUCAGAGCAGCAGUGGUGGGUCACGGUCAUCACGGGGGUGGCAGUCUAUCUCCACUGAGCAGGAGCUUGAUAAUUAUAUCCCCAGUUGGCGAUAUUAUCGCGUACCAACUGCCUCCAGAAGCGCAGGCAGAGUGUAUCGUCCACUGCUGCUCAAGACUUCUACUUUCUCUGAGAGUGAUGAAUCUCCAUGACUGAUGAACUUAUGCGACACAUCAUUACUUCCAUGCAUGGAUGUCAUUCUUAAUACAGUUUAAUUUGGAACAAUGAACUGAAAAGAAAAAAAAAUCACGAAAACAUCAGUGUUUAUGAUAUUUUCGUUACAUUAAUAUAAAGUUAAAUCUACAAGGAUCCCAAUGAAAAUAAGUAACUUU